AUGGAAAACCCGUCUAGCACAAAAUCGAAAGAAAUUACUACCGUUCGUCGACUCAUCUUGCAAUUUAUUUUCUCAUAUGUCAUUCCAAUAAUUCUCAUAUGUUUAUUUAUAUCAUUCAAGGCUUUUCAUUUUCAAGCUCGCGGGGACAUAUACAUUUUUUGUUUAACCAUGAUUUAUAUGGCGAUAUGUUUAUUAUUUUCGAUUGCAAUGAUAGCAUGGCAAUUGUAUAUAAUUUUCUUAUUUAAAAGAAGAAAUAUUGUUCAUCGUCGAAAUAACAAGUCUUUGUAUAGUUCACUGGAAUUACUUACUCGUGUAAUAACACUUAUUAUAAAUGUUGUAAUUGCUCUAAAUGAGAUUAAUGAAAACAUGCCAAUUGAAUGUCUCAUCAUGAUUGGUCUCUUUGUAAUAUAUUGUGUCGAUUUGUGUUGCUAUAAAUUCACGAAGAUCAACCUUAAUACUCCAGCUCGAAUCGUGGCUUCCAGCACUGAUGUUAAAGAUUCAAUUCCUCGAGUUGAUGCACAUGACGAAGAAACCAAUGUUCUAGUAGAAACUUCGCUUCAAACGAUGACUGAUAUUGUUGGUGAUUCUUCAUCUUUUCAAUUGAUGAGUACUGAAGAGAUUCAAGUAAAUUCAUUAUCUGAAUCUGAUGAAGAAAGUCGUAAAUUAUAUUCGGUAUGGUCUCGUUUUCAUCCAUUAAUCUUUAUUCCGGGUUGGAUCGCCGUUUUUGUGCCAACAAUCUUUAUGUUGAAAGGUUUAAUAGAUUUCAUUAAAAGAACAAAUGGUUCAACACGAUUAUUGGGUUAUGUUAUGUUCGGCACGGUAUUAUUUGGAAUUUCACUACUAAUUAUUCGUGUCGUCGAGUACUUGAUAGAUAUGAAAAUGAUCUACUUUCAUAACAACAGAUCUUCGAAUUCAACACAUAAACAAUCUGACCAAUCAUAUUUUUUAUUCAUUAUUAAACCUUAUUUUCAUAAAUUUCAUCAUUUGUAUUGUUGCAAAGUCAUAUAUAAAGAAAAGCAGAAUGAAAAUAUAUUUCCUCUAGGUAACGUUGUUUAAUAAGCGUGUUGAUGUAUUUUUGUAUAUACGCUAAUGUACUUUGUUUUAUUAUAUUAAUCUUAAUGUUGUCAUUUUCUUUUGCUAUUUCAAUCCAAUAUAAUCAUAUAUAACAUUAUAUCCAAUAUAUGAAAUAAUUGUUUUUAGCGACUUUUCCAUCUACUGAACAGACAUUAUCAAUUUGAUUCUUACUUGCUUAUUAAAUAAUUAUUAAAACUUUGUUUUAUAUAUCUAAAUCAUAUUGUUCAUAGAACAUAUAUUAGAGAAUUAUCAAGAUAAGUAUAAUUUAUCAAUUAUGCCAAAAUCUUAAUUACUAUUAGAGUUAAUGAAAUCAUUUGGUUCAGUUUCUCACUUAAUCAUGAACAUGUUGAUGUAUAUAUAUAUAAAAGACUGUUCACAUAUGAGAGACACUUCGUUAACAAUUUCUUUGAUAAAAGCAUUGAAAUUUUCGAUUGUGUGCUCAGAAAAUAUGAUGAAGUAAUAUUUUACAAAAGUUUGUAUCUCUAUUAAAAUGAUUCAACAACGGAGAACGUGAGUUUAUACAUCGAUGAAGAAUGAGAGAAAAGCAACGGGGGAAAAGCUGAUUUAACUCAGCUAAAAAUCAAAAUUAAAUCAAAUGAAUCACUUUAAAUCAAAAAAAUCAUUUUAAAUAAAAAAAAUCAAAUUAAAUCAAAAAAUCACUUUAACUCAUUCUAAAUCACCUUAACUCAUCCUAAAUCACCUUAAAUCACCUUAAACUCACGGUAAAUCGAAUGAAAUCAACGUAGGAUAUCUUAUACCAGGAUUCGAUUUUUUUCUAAAUGGGUUCGCGCAACAAUGCUCUUGAAGUAGACCCUGACGAGCUCUAUCCGAUGUACACCUUUGUUUUUCGAAAGGGCCCUCCCACUCUUCAAAAAAACACUAAAAGUACUUCAAAAAGAACAGCAAAAAUUACCGGCAAAUCUGUAAAACCUGUCGCGAUUCGCUCCACGGUGCUCUCCAACCUGGAGACACACCUCACCAGAUAGAUCCCGACGAGC